GUGGCCCUUCAAAAGAUGAGUUUUCGCCUCUUCAACCUCACUUCUCGACACAACAUCAAACACUUUUGUUUCUACAUUUGAGUUGGAUAGCCAGAUAUUCAGACAGAAUGGGUAUUAGCGCCGACCAAGCCAAAGCUCUGAAGGACUGCAUAGCCGUAGUGGCCCAGAACCCUGAUGGAAAUGGGAAGGCUCUCUUCAUCAAAAUGUUCGAAAUGAACCCCGGUUGGGUGGAAAAGUUCCCAGCCUGGAAGGGGAAAUCUUUGGACGAGAUCAAGGCAUCCGACAAGAUCACAAACCACGGAGGCAAGGUUAUCAACGAGUUGGCCAACUGGAUCAACAACAUCGACAGUGCCUCCGGUAUCCUGAAGUCGCAAGGUACCGCCCACAAGGGCCGAUCUAUCGGCAUCGAAUACUUCGAGAAUGUUUUGCCCGUCAUUGAUGCUACAUUCGCUCAGCAGAUGGGUGGAGCCUACACAGCCGCCAUGAAGGAUGCGUUGAAGGCCGCCUGGACAGGAGUUAUCGUUCCUGGCAUGAAGGCCGGAUAUUAAGAUGAAGGUGGUAGUACCAUUCCGCCAUCAGGCGGCACCAUAGACAAAUUGUGAAGAGUUGCUUUAGAUUAACUCUUUGGCUUUCAAUGUGCAAGAAUUGUGGUUAUGAAAAAUGCAAUGACCAAUGGGCAAUUACUUUGCUUUUAAACUGUGAGGCGUGACUUGGUGCGAUCGUGUUGAAAAAUGAUGUAUUUCAAUGCAGACGUGGUUAAGAGUGGAAUCCGCCAUACCACCCUUCUUGUGCACUAGCUCUGAUGUCUUGUCCGUCGAUCAUCACAGUGCUGUGAGAAACCCCACUACUGGCUCACCAGCCACACACCUAAGACCGGCGCCCUAUGUGUCAUCACACAACUAUACUCUGUAGUGUCACAGAGACGUUUUAAUGAACCUUUCUCCAUAUAUGUAGCGUAGGCAACAUAAGCAUCUUAACCAGAAGCUAUGCAAUACAAACACUGACACAGAGACAGGGACAUUUUCAGUCCAAUUUACUAACGAAACAUUAGCUGAUAUCCAAUAAGUAUUAUGUCUGCACCUGCCCGCGUGUCACUGUGGUGGAAUGCCUGUAUGUAAAUAAAGGAUUUUAUUACAUAAUG